AUGUCUUUGGGCAGGUUUAUCAUUGAGGAUGUCGUCAAUGGGACUGAGUGGGACACUACGGAGCACAUCGAGGACUUAUCAAUACCAGUCGAUGAAACAGCUGGCAGAGACACUCUGUCUGAUAUACAGGAAGACCUUGAUGAAGACAUACCGAUCCAAUUCUCGGAACCUGUUGUCACCAUCGGACAGGACUCGUAUGAAGACGGAUUGGAUCUCGAAUCAAAUCAUGUAAACAUUCUGCACCCGGUAUCAGUCCUGAACGAAGCCCCAGCACUAGAUACGCCAAAGUCGCCUUCGACAUUUCUCUGGAAGCCCAGGAGAGAGAAAAGUAUCGCAACAACAGCAAUCAACCCCUUCAAUAUUGGCGUGAGCGACUCGCAGAGGAACAAUUUACUAUCGCCAUCAGACCUUGCGAUCAAUCAAACUCCACGCACACAUCUCACGUCUAAGAGAGAGGCUUUUUUACUACACAAAUACACGAAUCUGUUAGCACCGUGGGCGGACAUCUUCGACUCAAGACAACACUGCAAAAGGCUAAUACCACGACUCUGUCUCCAUAUACCGAUGAUGCGUUAUGCUGUUCUAGGAUUGUCUGCAAGACAUCAAGCGAUAUUGACGAAAAGCAAUGAGCUAGAAGCAAGCUAUUACCAUGGUAAAGCUCUCGAGCUUUUCAUCGAGGCCCUUUCUGCUCCUGAAGAAAGCUAUGAUGAGACUCAUCUUAUCACUGCGGCGAUAUUGCGGCACUAUGAAGAGCUGGGCAAUGAUGAUGACCACAGGACGCAUAUACUAGGUACCAGCAGACUACUGAAUGCUGUGUCAAGGUUCUCUCUGUCUGGUGGAUUGGGUGAGACGGCUUCAUGGUGGAUCUUACGGCAAGACAUCUAUGUUGCGCUUGUUCACAAGCAGCCUCUAAGUGUUGGCCUCUCUACUUAUGAUCAAGCUACAUUCGACCUCGAAGACGAUGGUGCAUACUCCAAUAUCGUGGUACUGGUGGUCGCCAAGAUACUACAACUACUAUACUCAUCCGCUCACUCCACGGAUACCGCAGCAUGGACGACGUUAGAAACAGAGGUUGAUACAUGGUGGGAUGCGAAACCGGACACCUUUCAACCCAUAUUUCACGAGGACUCGGAUUUCAGUCAAAACCGCGCUUUUCCUACCAUCUGCGUGGUAUCCUCUGCACCUAGUAAGUGGACUAUCAAUUGCUGGUCCAAAGGAUGGUUUUGCUCACCUUCGGUACUAGUGGCUGGCCUAGCAUAUUACCACGUAGCCAAAGUACUAAUCAAGAUGAAUAAACCUGUGAGCAGCAUGCUAUCAGGUUUCGAUGCGACAAAGAUAAGGCAAGAAGCAGAGAAAAGCGUCGUGCACCACCUCUCACAAGCAAUAGGCUUAUCAGCUUCCAACGGCGAACUCGAAAACGCCACUUUCGAAACACAUCAUCUACUAUACAUGUGUGGGUACUGUCUCAAACAUCGCUGUCAACGAGAAGCAGCAAUACGAUUCUUGACCUGGUCGGAGGAUGUCACUGGAUGGCGGACGUCGAAUACUGUCAAGAUGCUAGAAGAACAAUGGAGACAUCUUGACGGUGCGACAUGA